AUGAUUUCACUCCCCGUCAUUCCAGCUCUCGCGGCGUUGGGCCUCGCGAAUCCGGUUCUAGGCCGAGUGCUGGAACGCGAUCAAGAUGGUGCAAGCCAGUGGAUCAGUGUUGGCGAAGGACCGUCCUUCUCCCUCUCGUCCACCAACAUCUCAUACCAGUUCCAUGUUGAUCCAUUGACCCUGGAUCUCAUCCAUGAUCAUUGGGGCGCAUAUGCUGCCGAAACUGUUCCAGACUUCAACGGCAAGUCAGGCGGCUGGAGCGGUCCAUAUACCUACCGCCGGCGAGAGUUUCCCGACCUCGGUCGUGGUGACUUUCGCGUUCCAGCUAUUCACAUACAGCACGCCGACGGAAACACCGUCUCGGCCUUCUCUUAUACUGGACACGACAUCAGUGCCGGAAAACCUUCACUGCCUGGGCUACCCGCAACUUUCGGUGGAGAUGAGGAUGUGUCCACGCUCACGGUGCACCUGUACGACAACUACUCAGCCAUUGCUGCAGAUCUGCAUUAUUCCAUCUUCCCCCAGUACAACGCGAUAGCUCGCAGCUUCCAGAUAUCUAAUCAGGGUAACCAAAGCGUGACCAUACUCAGGGCCAGUAGUUGGAGUAUUGACACGCCAAACGAAGAAUUGGACCUGAUAGACCUCUCUGGAGACUGGGCCUGGGAAAAUCAUAUUAAUAGGCGAGCUGUGAUCAGCGGGGAGCAAGGCUUUCGCUCUUCGGCCGGUUACUCGUCACAUUUCCACAAUCCUUUCUUUGCCCUCGCUGCACCCACAACCACCGAGUCUCUUGGACCGGCUACUGGGUAUUCUCUCGUUUAUACAGGCUCCUUCGCGGCCAAUGUCGAGCGCUGGUCUACAGGAUGGGUUCGGGUUCUACUAGGGCUGAACCCUUUGCACCUCUCGUGGCCACUCGCCCCAGGAGAGACCUUCACAUCGCCAGAAGUUGUUUCUGUGCAUUCCGAGCAGGGACUUGGCGGCAUGUCAAGGUCAUUCCACUCGCUUUACCGAAACCAUUUAUCUCGAUCGAAUCACACGUUUGAGACCCGCCCUCCGCUGCUCAAUUCCUGGGAGGGACUCGGUGCAAACAUCAACGAGUCAGCUGUAGUCAAGCUAGCCUCUGAGGCUGCCGGGCUAGGAUGUACUCUGAUGGUCAUGGAUGAUGGGUGGUUUGGCACGAACUAUCCCCGAGACAAUGAUACCCUUGGACUGGGCGACUGGACGCCAGACCCUAGGAAGUUUCCCGACGGACUGGGACCCUUCGUUGCUGAGGUCACCAACAUUACUGUUAACGAGACUUCUAACAGCGGAGGCAGCGGUAAGAUGACGUUCGGCAUCUGGGUUGAACCUGAAAUGGUCAAUCCCGAGUCGGAUCUUUACCUGGAACAUCCAGAUUGGUGCUUGCACUCGGGAAGUCAUAACCGCACGCUUGUCCGGGACCAACUGGUUCUCAACGUCGGGCUACCCGAGGUCCAGGACUACAUCAUCGAGACUGUUGAGAAAAUCCUCGAUUCGGCGCCAAUAUCAUACGUCAAAUGGGAUAAUAACAGAGGCAUGCACGAGCUCCCUUCUCCGGCCGCGGACCACGCAUACAUGUUGGGCCUGUACCGCGUCAUCGACAACCUGACCACUGCGCAUCCCGAGGUCUUGUGGGAAGGCUGCGCGUCGGGCGGAGGCAGAUUUGAUCCAGGUCUGUUCCAUUACUGGCCGCAGACGUGGACUAGCGACGACACGGAUGGCCUUGAGCGUUUGUACAUCCAGUUUGGAACCUCGUUACCGUAUCCCCCUUCGGCGAUGGGCUGCCACGUGAGUGCCGUCCCCAACGGACAGACCGGUCGCACGACUCCCCUAGCCUUCCGUGCAGCGGUAGCGUCGAUGUGCGGCUCUUUCGGCUUCGAGCUCAACCCUUCGGAACUCGACCAAGAGGAAACAGCGGCCAUUCCGGGCAUCAUCGCGCGGCAGCAGCAGAUCAACCCCAUUGUCAUCAACGGGGACUUCUACAGACUGGCGCUGCCCGACCAGUCCAACUGGCCGGCCGCUCUGUUCGCGUACCCGGACGCUAGUUCUGCGGUUCUUUUCGCGUUCCAGAUUCGCUCGAAACUCAAGCCUCUGCCCGGGCCUCUGAAACUCAAGGGCCUGGACCCGGCCGCCAAGUACUCCGUUGGCAACGGAACCACCAGUGACACGUGGUCAGGAUCGACGCUCAUGAAUGUUGGGUUGAGCCUGCAGUGGCCGAGUGCGGAUUACGAGAGUAUGAUCUUGUUCAUUGACAAGCAGUAG